AUGAAGACUAUCGAACAGUCAAUGGAAGAGAUGACAGUACUGUUCCAGUCAAGCCUUGCAGUUUUUAAACAAGAACUUAACAAACGACAAGUUCAAUUAGUCUCAAAGGACUGUGAUCGGUUGGAGAUGCAUAAUCGUCGCAGAAUCUUGUUGAUCCAUGGUGUACCCGAAGAUAAAAAUGAAGAUGUUGCCGAAACUGUCAUUAAGUCACUACAGCAGAUCAGUGUUCAUAGCCCAGGAAAAUAUAAACCGAUGCCACAGAUUGGGAUAAAUAACGUGACAAAAGAAGAAAUUAAGAGUGGUAUCCUGCUUACUCAUCUCACCGAUGAAACCUACCGCUUAGUACGUAACUUAGCGUACCCUAACACGGUGGAAUCGUUAACUUACAAUGAGCUAGUUCAAAUACUCAACAGCCAUUUCAAACCAAAGCAGUGCUCCUUCGUAGAUAAGGCCAACUUUUUUGGAGCGACUAGAAGUCCAGGAGAAUCACUGGGAGACUGGGCGGCGCGAUUAAGAGGACUAGCAAGCUAUUGCGAAUUCGGCGACGCCCUGGAAACGAAUCUGAGAGAUCGUUUUGUCCUAGGCCUGGGCUCUGGCCCGGAACGCGACAAGCUGUUCGAGCAGAACCCGACAACACUUACGCUAACUAAAGCGAUUGAAAUAGGGGAACAAGCUGCUUGCGCAAGAGAGGUAAAGGUGAUGCUGAAUACGAGCGAUUUUUGGGCUCAUCAAGGAAGAGCCUGUGUAUCGUGCAAAAAUUCACCAGUUCGCUCGGGGAAGCGGAGGUGA